GCGCCGUUGUCGUCGUAACUUCCGUGGGGGAGGAGUCAAUACUCCGGACCGAGCUCUCGUCAUUACCUUCAACCUUUCUUUUACAUUGCCUAGGUAAUACCUAUGUCUAGCUGAUCGUUGUUGACGAUUUAUUUUUCGUCGGCCGACAUAUCUCUGCGGCUUAGCUUCGACCCAAAGUUUUACAUUCAUUUAUUUUACUUUGGUUCCUACCUCAUUUCCUUUCUGCUUCUUGUUGGCUCGUUCAACCUGUUCGUCCCAACGCGCUCCAAACGCCGGUGAUCUGCCACGGUCCGGCGUGCUUUCAACCACACCACACCAAAUCAUAACCCAACAUGAUUACCAGACGAAACUCCACGCAUAGGUGUACUUCUGCUGGCAGAAUCACCGCGCAACUGCUUUUAUCAUUUCUGGCAUUCUCCGUCGCGCCCACGGCUGCCAUCGCCCCGCAUGAUAACAACGCCCAUGAGCAGUUCGUCCUUCCGCUACCGCAGGCUCCUCUGGGGCCGCUGAAACCUGAACCUCCCGCUCCGGCCGAGCAUAAAUUUACACUCCGCCACAUCUACCACCACGGCACACAUAAGCAUCCUCGGCUACACAGAAAACAGGAUGUGCAUCAGCAAGAGGCAGGCAUUUGGCUGUCCGCCGAGGAUGGAUUCGAUAAACAUCGCUUGCCUGUGCUGAACGCCAGGAGUCGACCCGGAAGUAUAGAGAGACUAGUGGACAGACGCCCAUCAGUCGUUGAGCCGAUGGUGGCCCAGGCGAGGGAGAGGGGCUUUGUUUCAGUACUCUCUGCUGACGCGUGGACGGUCGAUGCCGUGUCGACACCGGAUGUGACAGACAAAAACACCAUUGUCAACCUUGCAUACAUGGCGGCGAAUGCCUAUGUUGAAACUCCCGACCUGCCGGACUGGGAGGACGUUGGAGAGGGAUUCAACAGAAGCGCCGAUUUUGGAUGGGAGUCCGAUGGAUUGCGGGGGCAUAUAUUUGCCGAUGAGAACAACUCGACCAUUGUUAUCGGGCUCAAGGGCACAUCGCUGGCUGUCUUUGAUGGCGAGGGCACGACGACCAACGAUAAAGAGAACGACAACCUCUUUUUCAGCUGCUGUUGUGCUCAACAGGGUCAGUGGACGUGGCGUCAGGUUUGCGACUGCGCGACCUCGUCAUAUGCAUGCAAUGUUACUUGUGUGUCGCAGUCAUUGCGCGAGGAAAACCGUUAUUAUAUGGCAGCCCGCGAGCUCUACUCCAACGUCACGGAGCUGUAUCCAACCUCCAAUGUCUGGUUGACAGGACACAGUUUAGGCGGGGCCGUCAGCUCGUUCCUCGGUCUGACCUAUGGUCUCCCAGCCGUCACGUUCCAAGCCGUUCCGGAGGCGCUUGCAGCGGGUAGGCUUGGUCUUCCCGUUCCCCCAUCCGGGAACCCUGAGCUUCCUCAGACAAGAGAGAACACUGGCGCCUAUCAUUUUGGGCACACUGCGGAUCCUAUCUAUAUGGGUAGCUGCAACGGAGCAACCGCGUCCUGCUCAUACGCCGGCUAUGCAUUAGAAACCAAGUGCCACGCUGGGUACGAGUGUGUAUACGACGUUGUAGCAGAUAAGGGGUGGCGAGUUGGUGUUGGCACACACAAAAUCCGCACAGUCAUCAAAGAUGUCCUCCUCAAGUACGACGAAGUCCCCGAGUGCAAGCUCACACCAAAGUGUCGCGACUGUGAGCUCUGGAAGAUGUAUGAAAGCAAUGGAACGGAGAGCACAACUACUUCAAGCUCAUCAACAACUUCAAAGGCGAUGACUCGGACUGAGACGUGCAAGACUCCAGGCUGGUGGGGAUGCUUGGAUGAAACGACGACGGCUACAUCGACAACAACGACAACGACAACGCCAUGCACUACCACAACUUCAACAACGACCACUUCAACGUGCAAGACCCCUGGAUGGUUUGGAUGCAAGGACAAGACAACAUCCACCACCACUACUACAAGCACUAGUAGCAUACCCACAGCCACUACCACGUGCGAGACUCCGGGCAAGUUCUGGGGAUGCAAUGACAAGACAACGACCACGGAGGACAGCCAUACUCUGACCCCUACUCCCACGCAACAUCCUAUCACUGCGCCACCGCAAGGACCACCAGCGGCAACUUCCACGCCAACCUCGGAGCAGAUCUCGCCCACUAAGCGCAAGUGUGUGCGUCGGAAUUUCUUGGGCUUCUGCAAGGAAUGGGAGAAGGUGUGUGAGAAGGGUAUGGGUGAGUUAUAACGAGCAAGUAUGACAAGGUUUUGAAGCUCAUAGAUUAUUGUUGUACUUUAAAUAAUUUUGCAUUUGGAACCGGGUUUGGAGGGCGUUUAUUGGUGCUUGAUUGAGAUAUAUCUUCUUGACCGGACUGAGGCUAUUUUGUAGUAAAGCGUUACUUUUUAGCUUUUUUGGCUGUGUGCCCGCAUAGGUAGGCUAGCAAUGUAUGCAGAACAUAUUGAAACUAUUCGAAUAUCGGUUGCAGG